UCGCGCGGCCCUAGCGGACAACGACAUUCCCGUCACUCGGCAUUUCAUUUGUUUUUUCACUCUAGUCUGUAUGUUUCUUCAAUACGUAACGUUAUAUACAUGAAUGUAACGCGUGUACUUUAUAUUUGUAGAUCAUAUCGCGCAGGACUCAUGGCUUUAGGGGAUGAAAGAGCAAAAUGUGAGUUAUCACUCAAUAACAGCAGCCUGUUUCCUCAGAAGAAGGUGGAGGAGGAUCUGUCAGCUCCUCAGUGCAGUAACCCGGUGGAGAGUUUGGGCUCGUCUCACAGAGGUCACGAGGAUGAAGCUGUGCCCCAGCAUCUUCACAUCAUGUACUGUAAAGAUCUGGUGUAUCAGGAGGAUCAGGAGUUUUCGUUGGAGGAGCUCAGAGCUCAGCGCUACUACAAAGCUUUGAGCGAGAAAGCUUCACACCUGAGCAAACUGAAACAGGACCUACAGCUUCAGAUCCAGCAGAAACUUCUACAGCAGAAAAACGGCGGCGCUUCACAGCAGAUUGUUGGUGAAGAGACGGUUUCUGACGGCACGUGUGAGUCGACCUCCACUGGGGUUCAGUCUGCUCCGGUUGCAGUGCACAGCAAAGCAGAAGCCGGCUGUAAGAGUGACAGUGGAAGUUCAAUGGGUCGUGAAAACACGACUGACGGUGGAAACGACUCCAAACUACAGAAGAUGACGACAUUGAAGCCCUUCACAGUUUUUGAGGAGGAUCCUCAGUCGAGCAAGAAACCUGCUUCAUCCAACCACAGGUCUCUAAAGUUGCCCACCCUGAAUCCGAAAGCUCCCAGACCAAGAGCAGAGCUCUCUGCUGACAGAGUAAGACCAGCGUUUGAUCGAUCUGAUUCUGUUUGCAAAUGCUUCACCGCGGUUUGCCCGUCUGGUGUUUGGCAGGACGCGUCCAUCGCUCACUCUGAGGAGCCCAUCCUAAACGGACACUGGAACAAGACUCUGUGCCGCAGUCCAAACGACACGCGUGACUUCGCUCAUGCGACUCCGCUCGCAUCCACACCGUUCACGGGAGCGGAGAGACAGAAACUGACGGAGGAUCUGAACACCGCUGCUCCUGAAGCCUCUCAGACGCAGAACACUGAGACCAGAAUACUCAGCCAUAUUCAGGAGAUCAGUCAUGAUUGGAGAGGAACUUCAUUGGUCGCUGUAACUCAUGAGAGUGUGAAACCCUCCGAGCCCGCUGACAUCAUCCAGGAGGAGGAGAUGCCCGAAACCCUUCCUACACCAGACGUCUGCAGUGAGGUCGUGAGAUCCAGACUGCUUGAACAAGUCGACAUGGCGUCAUUUUCCAAUUUCCACCGUCAAACAGGAGCUCUGCCUCCGGCCAGCGGACAUGAUGACCUUCUCCUCGAUGGAGAAGUGUUGCUUUACUGCAGUAAAGUGAAGGAUUACACGCUCUACUCAUCCAGCACUGGAACUGUUCUGAUGAAGGUGGAGUCGUCUUCAGUGCCGUGGGAUUUCUUCAUCAGCUCAAAGAUCAGAUCUUCACUCUCCACACAUCAUGAUGAUGAUGAUGAUGAUGAUGAUGAUGAUGAUGUGCACGUCUCCUGCUAUCUUUAUGAUAACGGAUGCUUGACUCUCUGGAGAGUUCCUCAUGGAGUCACCGUUGAGGAUCUGUUAGCUGAGCCGGUUGCGAGGGCAGAUCUUCCUCAUCUGGUGAUUAGAUUGCUGGACAUGGUGAAGCGGCUUCAUUCCUGUCAGAUAGUUCAUGGAGGUUUGAAGCCGGAAACACUGUACUUUUACCACAGUGCCAUGACGGCUCUGGAUUUCUCAGCGUCGGUGGAUCUUCAGAUGCAGACUGAUGUGAGAACGGCGCAGGUUUUAUCUUCCUCACAGGAUUAUAUCACACAAGGUCUCCUGACACCCUCUGCAUCUCCGUAUCAGGUGGAUCUGAUGGGUGUUGCAGAAAUCACGCACAUGUUAGUGUUGAAUCGACCGCUGAAGGUGUCGCGGGGAAACCAGGGCUGGAGUUUGGAUGAACAUCACAGCAGUUCUGUAGAUCCUGUCUGGAAGGACUUUUUCCAGAUGAUUCUGAAUGCAGGAGAGCUGUCGACAGAACUCGUCUUAUCCAGUUUAAUCAAUAACCUGAAGGAGAGUUUAUAAAGGACAUUAUUCCCUUCACAAUACUCCAUCAAACCAAACUACACUUUCAGUCCAAACGUGUUUUGUGUGUCUCUUUGAUAUGUUGUUUAUACUCGUUAAUAAACUAUUUUG